GGCUGCCCGCCUACAUUGUUUUUGUCCAGCUACUACACGUGCCGAGCGUACUUGAUCCGUAAACUUAAUUGUAACGUAGGAGCGAUGGGCGGUACCCGCUUCUUCUUGGCGGAUCUGCCAAGCCGGACCACCGAGGCAGACCUCAAGGGGCUGUUCCAGGACUACGGCCAUGUGGAGCACGUAGACCUGAAGCGUAAGGAGCAGGAUGGAGCCACCAAGGUGAUAGCCUUCGUCACCCUGCAGACGGACGACCCCGACUACUGCGUCAACGAGCUCAACUGGCAAAAGCUGCACGGGGCCAAAUUGCGUGUUUCGCUGGCCAAGGAGUCCUUCUUGGAUCGGCUGAAGCGGGAGCGCGAGGAGAAUCAGCGGCGAGAGCAGGGCGAACCAGAGGCUUGGGAGCAGCCAGUGCAAAGCUCCCAGCUGCUGUCUCAGAGCAAUCAGAACAAGCGGCGGGUUUUCGGUGAGGAUGAGGAGAUUGGUGACGACGAAAUUGCACCAGAACUGCUCAUUACCAAGAAGCGUGCCUCACACUCCAUGCACAAUGGCAGGAUUGUUAUCCAGCAGGAGCACGACGCAAAGCCGCUGCACAUCAUCGAGCAGCACCGGAAACCUGCAAAACAGCAGCCAGACACCAAGGUUAGCAAGGCGGACCAGAAGCGUAUGGAAUCGCUGAACAAGAUGCGACAGGAGCAUCUGCAGAAGAAGUCUGCCAUCCAGCUUGCACUAUCAGUCGGUGGCCAGGCAAAACGGAUCAAGUUUAGCGACGACGAGGCGGAGCCUGCGCCUGCCAAGAAGACGAAAAGGGAUCUAUUCGCCGACGACGAGGAAGGUGAGGAAAACGAGCAGGUAAUACUGCCGCAGCACAAGGGUAAGAAGGGAGAGCGUUUGGUGGAGAUGCAGAGCAAGCAGAGUCUGGAUCCUCGAUUCCGCAUUACAUCUACCUUUGUGGACGACGACGAGGAAAAUGAGGCGGAACAUGAAGAGGAAGAACAGCCAGCACCAGUGGAGAGCGAGCGUCAAUGGCAGAUGGACAUCUUGGAGAAGGUGGUGGGACACAAGAUAACCAGCGCCAAUGGAAAUGAUGGAAAGCCAGCAAAAAGCAAGAAGAUGCUGCGCUUUGAUCCGGCCAAGGAAGACCAUCAGAAAAUGGUGCGACAGAAGCAGCUACCGCCUGAAAAGAUCAAGACGGUCAAGAAUGACGCGGAAACUGUCGUUGGUGGUGGUGGUGGUGAUGCCUCCGCACCUGCUCCUGUCUCCAAGGCGGCCUUCUACAUGGUUACCGACACGCUAAAGGAAUCGCUUAACAUGCGCGGCGAGGGUUUCAGUCUGCUGGACAUGUUCGGCAAAGCUCCUGACGAGGAGGUGGCCAAGCGGCAGGACCAGCUGGAGAAGCUCGGUCCCGAGAAGAUCCUAGUUGGCAAGAACUCCGCCUCGGCCAGCAAACUUCUUGGCCUGGCUGCGAUCAAUCCCUUUAGUUACGAUUCGUCUGAUAGCGAAGACGACGGGGAAAAGGAUGCGCAGGGGAAAGAAGAAUCGCAGCCGCAAGAAGUUGGCAAUGAAAACCAGUUACCCGCAAAGAAAAAGACCAAGCAGAAGAAGCCUAAGAUAAAAAUGGAGUCCUUCUUCAUUCCCAAAAACGAUCCUCGGCUAAAGGAAGCAGCCAAGUUCUUCAAGUCCGCCAAGAAGGAGGUGGAUCAGGCCGACUACGACCAGGUGCGAAACCGGCUUAAGCUGCUUAUUAGCAACAAGAUAGCCAAGACUAAGAAGAACCAGCCCAGCAAGGACAUUAAGCAAAAACGAAACAAGCGGGCGGUGAAAAAUUGAAGCUGAGGCUGGCUCCGAUAUACAAGGUAAUUGUAAGCAUAGGUAUUGUAAAAUAAAACCACUUGUUUGUAAAAUCGUACAUCAUAUUUAUCUAGGUUACAAAAAAAAGAUGUGAAAUUGUGUAUUGUUCCUGCACAAAAUGCAUUUGAGCCCCAUAUCAGCUCCAACUAGAUUGAGUUUAGGCAGAGCCUAUGCUGAGGCUAUGGCUGAGAUUCCCUCCCUGGUCCAUGCACUGAACCUUAAGUUAAUUUAAAACAAAAGAGUAUAUAAUUAUUGGUGGCACAAACAUUGCUAUUCCGGCAAUAUUCCAUAUUAAGUUUCUCUUGUCCGCUGGCUCGGCUUGGCUCAUCCAUCUCCUAAGUAAGCGUGGCAAUCUCAAUUAAAAUUCGAGACGUGUCUCGUCUUUGGCACUGUG